AUGGCCUACAACCCGGAGGUCUCGUUCUUCAUCCCCUACCACGAGCUCAAUACCUCCAGGCAGCGCCAAUGCAUCUUCUUCACUCAGAAAGGCGCGAGGUGCCGAUGGGAUUGCGAGGACGAGGACAGCACGCAGGCGGUCGCGCUUGUACAAGAAAUCAAUGCAAUACUCCCCCGUGAAACUGUCAGCCUAGACGUGCUGGAAAGAUGUGCCCUGCUCAAUUGCUGCCAAAGGGCUCGACAUCAAGACCGCAUCGAGGACCUAGGGCUGUUGACGCCUCUGGCCGAACGAUGGUACGAUGAGAUCCAAAUCCGCGCCCAGCAGAUGGCUCCUACGGCGAGGACUAGCCCGGCCCGUAGUAGUCGUUCUGCCUCCGCCCGAUCCUCGUCCAUCUCAGCACCCGUUAUUCUCUCCGAGUUCCGGCCGCACGUGAAGAGCCCGCUUCCCAUGCACUCGGUAACAUUCAAACUGCGAGAGCGGCUCGAUCGGCGGGAUUUCGAGACCGGCUCACUCUACAUCUUUGACCGGGCGUCUUCGCCGGGCCACGUGAAAAUCGGCUGGACCGCCAUCUCCGUCACGGGCCGGCUCGACGACUGGGCGAAAUGCGGGUACACACCCAACCUGCUCGUGAGGGUGGACCGGGUCCCACACGCACAGCGGGUCGAGACCCUGACGCACCACGAGCUGCUGAAGGAAUGGCGCCGCGAACGGCAGUGCAAGGCUCCUUGGUGUAGGAAGAGUCAUCAGGAGUGGUUCGAAGUUAGCAAGGAACGCGCCAUCGAGGUCCUGCGCGAUUGGGCGGCAUUCAUGAAAGUCGUCAAGCCGUACGAUUCACGAGGUGACUUGGAAGAGAAGUGGGAGAAGUUCCUCAAGAUCAUGGACGACACUCACGAGGUUGUCACUGCGAAGAAAAUGUGGGAGCAUCAUGAGAGGUUGUUGCUCGAGAAAACCGCUCUCAUUGACGACACGCCAGAUCUGAAACAUCCGGCGGAGAUCAAGGAGAUGGUGGGCUUGGGAAGUAUACCAAAGGUACCAGUAGGACGCGACCAGGAGGCAGUAGUAGCGGGUGCGGACUGGCCACGGGUCGAGCAGCCAUCACUGAAGAUCGAACCGUUCCAUCACAAUGAUGUGCUGUCUCAAGCCCGUCCACAGGCUACGAGUCGACCGACAGAGGAGAAGAUGGCAUCAGCGAAGCUGAUUGACGCAGCUCUUCUGCUCGCUACUGGAAUCUUGUCAAAGACCGAGUCAGUGUCGAAGACCGAGUCAGGUUUGGAGACCAAGUCAUUGCCGCAGACCGAGCCCAUGUUGCAGACCGAGUCGUUUGCGACUAGGCCCGUGCCAAAGACCGAGUCAGCGUUACCGAUCGAGACGUUGCCAAAGGUUGAAUCGUUACCAGAGACCGACUCGGUGUUACCGACCGAGACCUUGCCAAAAAUUGAAUCGUUGCCAGAGACCGACUCAUCAUCGGAGAUCAAGAUCGACACAUUGCCACUGACUGGGCCCUUACUAAAGACCGAGUCGUUCUCGCUGACUAGGCCCCAGCCAACGGCCGAGUUAGUGUUGCAGACGAAACCCUUGUCGCAGACGAAACCCUUACUGCACACCGAGUCAGUAUUGAAGACCGAGUCGUUGUCGCUGACUGAGCCACCGUCAACAACAAAGACACUUGCCACUAGUGAGCCGACCCAGAAAGGAGUUUCAGGGCCCCAGACUCCACCAGUCAAGAGAAAGCCACUGCCCGAGUCAGCCCGUCUGCCUCGUUCACCUCUACCACUCCUUCCAUCCACAACUUCCCCUCAGGUUGAAGCACAAGAGACAAAACCAAGUCCAAGUGCCAAUACCGUAACAGCCACAGCCGAAUUCGACACUGAACCUACAGUCGAUCCCUCGCCCAGCCCUGAGUCGACCACACUUUCCGCCACAGCCGAAUCCGACACUGAAUCUACAGUCGUCGAUCCCUCGCCCAGCCCUGAGACGGAUUCAUUGACCCCACUCUCCGCCCCACUCAAGUCUGAAGAAGAUACUGCUCCGACAGACGUGCGUACUGGCAUAAACACUGCCUCGCAAGAGAGAUGGGGGAAGACACUCACGCCCACGUCCACGUCCACGUCCACGUCGACCACACAGCCUCACCACAAUGAUGAAGAUCAAGAGAGACUUGAGGGUAAGCCUCUCGGAUGUGAUAAAUCGUUAUCCGACGAGAACGUCAAUACCAAUGAAACCACGGUGACGCAACAAACAGAAACAAAGACUCACGAUCAAGAAGACAACACAGCAGCGCAAGAAGAAGCAGAGACAGCGACGGAGUCAGGAUCAUACAGUUUCGACGCCGACGAAACAUUGGUUGAAGACAAUGAAGCAACGUUAUUCGAAGACCAAACUGAUAAAGCCAUUGCCAUGGCUCUUUCGAAGGUAACACUGGUUGAAGACAAUGAAGAAACGGUAUUCAAAGACCAAACCGAAAAAGCCAUCGCCGUGGCUCUUUCGAAGGUCGUGGACCAACAUUCCAACCCAACAGUUUCUGCAGAAACAUUAUUCGAAGACCCAACUGAUCAAGACAUCGCCAUGGCUCUUUCGAAGGUAGCAUUGGUUGAAGACAAUGAAGAAACGUUAUGCGAAGACAAUGGAGCAACGUUAUUCGAAGACCAAACAGAUAAAGCCAUCGCUAUAGCUCUUUCGAAGGUCGUGGACCAACAUUCCAACCCGACAGUUUCUGUUUCUCUCGGGAAACAAGUGACCGGUGGUUUGUCUGUUUCUAUCGAGAAGCCCGCGAUCGGUGGUUUGAACAAGCUGGAUCGGUUAGCCGAGUUGAAUGGUCUGGACGCACCGACUACGUUGCAGAGCGAAGCACCGCCGGUUGCCGAGACUGCGCUGGCGUGA